AUGUUCUCGGCUCCAGUAAAGAUUGCAAUGAAUGACUUGGACAACAGGCUUGAGGACACAGAAAGUCAGCGUUAUGAUCAGCUGGGUGCAGCUGAGGACAGACCUUCAGAGAUGGUAGGGAUUCAUAAAACUUCUCUGAAAUUUGGGAAUGUCUUUGGGGACGUAACUGUGGUCGCCGUUCAAGGGUUUUAUGGAGGCAACAUGUGGACUUUGUCAUCAGAUCGUUGGAACUUGGACAUCUGGCAACUCUGUCCGUUAUGGGACCAACCAUCUAUCUGCCUUCAAAUUCAAAACUGCAUUGCGAAACCAGCACUGCAUUAA